UAAAAUAUUUAGGUUAUGGUCGCCCUGUAAUAAGUAAAACUAAACUGUUCGAACUUAGAAAAGAGAGCAUGUUUUGAAAGAUUAGUUUGGAAUAUAAAUAAAUAAAACCUCACACAAAUGAGUAGAGUAAAAUGGAAAAACAGUGGUGUUAUUUCUUCUUUUUAUUAUGGCUCUCAUAUUUGAUGGUAUCGAGUGUAUUAAUGUUUACUCGUGGAUUUUUACUGACACGCAUCGAACAAACAAAUAUCUCAACAUGUACUCCAUAUACAGAUAUACCAUGUACCCCAAAUGGGGCAAGUACGUUAAAUAUUACGAACGGUAAUGUCUACACAUGUUCCCAAGAGGAUAAAUUUAUGUCCCUUUUACGGGACAUGUACACUUCAACUAGUGUAUGUUUACCCCAAAAAUCAAAAGUGUUAUUAAUUGUGAUAGAUGCAUUGCGUUACGAUUUUAUGACAUAUGAUCCAAGAAACACAAAUCCUUUACCAUUCGAAAAUAAAAUGCCUAUAUUUAAUGAAUUAUUACAAGAAGCUUCAGAUCGAUCUCGAAUGUAUCGAUUUAUUGCUGAUGCUCCAACUACAACCUUACAAAGACUUAAAGGAUUAACUACAGGGUCGUUGCCAACAUUUAUUGAUGCUGGUUCAAAUUUUGCCGAUCAUAAUAUUACGGAGGAUAAUAUCAUUGAUCAGUUACUUCGACAUAAUAAACGUAUUAUCUUUUUGGGUGAUGAUAUUUGGGAUAGUAUUUAUCCAAAACGUUUCCACCGGAAAUUUUCGUAUCCGGGCCUAAAUACAUGGGAUUUAGAUACUGUGGAUAAUGGAGUGUAUAAGCAUUUGUUACCAGAAAUACGUAAAAAUGAUUGGGAUAUGAUGGUUGUACAUUUGUCAGGAGUUGAUCAUGUGGGACAUCGUUUUGGACCAUACCAUAGUGAAAUGGAACGAAAAUUAACUGAAAUGAAUAACGCUAUCAAGCAAAUUGUGAAUAUUUUGGAAGAAGACAUGCUGCUGUAUGUAAUAAGCGAUCAUGGGAGUACCAAAGCUGGUGAUCAUGGAGGUGAUAGCGAAAUGGAAUUAGAAGCAGCCAUGUUCGCAUACUCACCGAUGCUACCAUUUAUCAAUCGUAAACUUGUAGCUGGUAGCGAUACAGUAAAACAAAUCGACUUAGUUUCCACUCUCGCAACGGUAUUAGGUGUUCCGAUACCAUAUUCUAGUAUCGGCACCGUUAUAUUCGAUUCCCUACCUACAUCAAAUAAAUCCCAAAUUCCGUACUCGGAUUGGCAAUACGCUUUACUGAUUUUAUGGAAGAACAUCCAACAAGUGACAACUUACAUUGAACAAUAUUCAAAACAAAGUGAUCAAUUUCACCGGGAUAAGUUAGAAAUUUUGGAUGAAAAAUAUAAAGAACUUUUAUUUCGAAUAAACGGUAUUCGAAAUGAGAUCCAAUUUCAGAAUUUGAUUCGAGAUGCUCGGGAAUAUAUGGAAUUCGCUCAACAAAUGUGUGAAGAUGUUUGGGUACAAUUUGAUAGUUUUUCAAUGUCGCGCGGUUUGUUGUUAAUGUUUUUAACGAUAUUUUUCGGGUAUAUGUUAAUUGACGGAAUCCCUGGAGAUCGUCUUCCAGAAAUUUUCAUGAGCUCUUUUAUUUUAUGCUCGUAUAUAGUCAUGUUAAUUGUUGCUUUUGGAAGUAUUAUUUGUUAUUAUUUAAAUUUUGUUGAAAAUUUAGAGCUAACUUUGUUUUUCUCAACUGGUAUGGCGUCCAUUUUUAUGUUAGCUAUGCUUGUGAUACAAAAUUGGGAAAUGAUUGCGAUUUAUUGGUAUGAUAGUAAUAAAAACCGCGAUUGGUUAGGAAUUUGUUGCCGAAUUAUAAUGUUGUUAAGUAUUUCUGGUUUGUUUUCGAAUAGUUACAUUGUUGAAGAAGGUUUUGUUCUUCAAUUUUUAGCUUUAACUUUAAUAUGGCUAUCGGUAUAUCACGUCGGUUCAGGUACUCCCAAAACUAAAUCAGUGUUACAUUGGUUUAAAUCUCAAUGGACGUCUACCAAAAUAAAAUUAAUUACCCUGGGAGUUGUGGUUAGUGUUAUUGUUCGAGCUUCACAAUUUUUCUGGCGAUGUCGCGAAGAGCAGAACGCAUGGUGCCAUGAUGUAAUCUUACAUCAUAAAAAAUUCGAUAAACCUUCAUUAAAAUCUGCAAUUAAAAUUGAAAUUAUUUUUGCACUUGUAGGGCUAGCUUUAUUUGUAACCGUUACACGUAUUUGGUUACGUAGCUGUGGAAAUUUAGUAGGAUUUUCACCCACAAUUACAAUAAUGCGUUAUUUACCAUCUGUUGCGGUUGUAUGUAUGGGUGGAUAUUGGGUCUUACAUGACCUCCCAAAGGAAAUCAAAACGAAAAUUAUUACAUCGUGGCAAGUGGACGUUUUUGUGUGGAUUAUAUACACAAUAAUUUUAAUUGCAAUUGUUUCACUUUUUUUACAACCACUUUGUAUUUAUGUAUUGCCAAAGAAAAAGGAGAAAGUGUCCGUAUAUGGUCGCAAAAAUAUAAUCCCGCAAUUGUUUCAUCAUGUUAAAGGAUUGUAUAAGGAACGGAAUCAGCCAGCCAAUAAUGAAGAUGAUACGCCAAUUGUGUGUGGUUUGGGAACUGUUUACAGUGCAACCUAUGUUGUACUUAGUGUAUUUGUUUUGUUGUUAGUUGGUUUACUGUUGGGUGAUGUGACCGCCCCAUCUGCUGUUCUCAUGUACACGAGUGCUGUUGUUGUUUUAGCCAUUUUGUCGGUCAUGCAUUAUGAGAAAGCAACGAAUUUAGUUCAAUUAUUCGACGUCUCCAACACAAGCAUAUUCUGUUGGCUGUUAUUAUGCCAAUACUUUUUCUAUGGAACAGGACAUCAACCAACAUUUCCCAAUAUACAUUGGGCAGCUGCAUUUGUGGGUACCGGUGGUAAUUUUAUACAUAACUCAAUACCAGCCACAUUGAUUGGUAUCAAUACGUUUGGAUCUCAUAUUAUGUUUGGACUAACGAUACCAUUGUUAUUAAUUGCACCAUUUACGUUAUAUAUAAUGUUCCCGAAUUUAUUUCGUAACGAUGAUCGAAAAGAGAUGCGACGUGGUGAACUAAUAUUGUAUGAGCGUGAUGGCAGUCUUUUAAGUGGUGUAUUUAUACUUAGUUGUAAAUAUAUUAUAUUUUAUGGAAUUCGUAUGUUCGUGUGUAUGCUUGCAUCAACGAUUCAUUGUCGUCAUCUAAUGGUUUGGGCAAUAUUUGCACCAAAAUUGAUAUUUGAAGGUCUGGGAUUAUUUGUAACACUUCCAGCAGUUUUAAUUUCAUAUUUAUUACUUAUAAGAAUUAAUACACGUGUUGAUAAUCUAAUCGUUAGUCUUGAAAAGCAAUGUAGAUGAUAAGCGGAUUCUUUUUAAAAUCGUUUAAAAGUCAAUCCUUUUUUCAAAAUGUUUUUUUCAUUGUUUUAUUAGUGCAAUAUUUUUAAUUUAAAUUUUUAAUGAAAAA